AUGCUGACAGCCAACCACCACCAGGUUGCACACAAAGCACAAGUAAGGGACAGACCAGGUCUAGUUGAAUGUCAUAUUGAUGUUCUUCUCAAGAAUGGAAGCUUUGAACAAUUCACAGACGGCAAUCGGGAAGCCGAUCCAGAGAACAGAGAAGAUCGUAUGGAUGAUCAAAGUGGCGAACCUUUAGAUGAACAUACUCUAUCACAGCAAAUGAGUCACCUAUCUACUUCUCGACAACCGACGAUCAGUUCAACCAACGUCAAAGAUGAUAUCGAGGCAAUUCCGAAUUAUCUGUCGAAGAAGAACAAAUCAUUCAAAGAUGUCAUCUAUCGAGCCUCAUCAUCAUCAUCGUUAUUGAAAAACAAAAUGAAAGGAUUAAGACGAAUGGUCAUUCUGAUGUACAAAAUAAUGCUCAUUCAGAUUUAUCAUACUCUAUGGUCAACGUAUUUGAAAUCAGGCACAGGGAUACUCAAAGCGAAAGAACUGCCUGGUGUGAAAGUUUGGCCAACAGAAGUAAAAUCAUUAGUGAUGAAGCAAAAAGCAAAUGAAGAUGAAGCUUGUCUAGCUUGUGUCAAUCAUUAUCUACGUCAUCUUGAUGACAGAAUGGAACACUAUCGUGAUGAACUGAACAGGAUUAACGGUCAAUUAUGUGUGAAUACACAAACAAUUGAAACAUUCGUUCAACAAGGACUUGAAGCUCGGCGGUUGGAAAUGGAACAUAAAGUUACACUCGUUCACCAUGAUUAUAACGACCGCGUAUUAGAAUCCGAAUAUCUGCAGCAAAAGCCGAGUAAACAUCAAAAGCAAAUUGCUAGACGCCUUUGUCAAGCGAAAUAUAAACAGGAAACAUCCAAGCAGGAAUACAACUUACUUAAAACACGUAUCUCCAACUACGAUCGUUCGAAGGCGUCUGGAUCACAUAACGAAUUGUUUGAUUCAAUUGAUGAUCCAACGGCUAGAGAGCAACAAUUCUAUAAUCGAUAUAGACAAGUCAUUCAGAAAUCGAACGAUGAAAUGAUCAGUCUUUAUCUAAGUUCAGCUGAAGCUCAAAUGCAAUACUAUCAAAAACACUUCAACGAUGAAUUAAAGCGAAUCUGGGAAGAACAGCGUACUGCUCGCAUUACUGAAAAACUAACCGUAGCUAUGCUCCAUCUAAUCGAACAACGCUACAAUAAUAUCAGUGACCGUGUGAAAUGUGUUUACGACUUUCGUGUUCAUCUUCUUGAUUUGAAUUUAUCUAUUUGA